UAAACAGAUUUCAGAUCAGAUAAUAUAACUCAUAAUUGCGAUUACAUAGAGUUGCUAUGGCAGCAUGGGUAAACAACACAGUGAAGGUAGGCUGCUAGUUACCACGGCAACAGGUAAACGAAGAGCUCAGCGACACAGGAGAGAAAAUGAAGGAAGGAGCAGACGAGGAGAAACUGGAGGUUUCCUCAGAGGAGGAGGCGGCUCUCUCCGCUGCUUCCAGAGGGACACGUGCACCGUCCAAACUACACACUGUCCCCAAGAUCCCGGAGGUGGUGGACGACUUCCUGAGGAACUUCCUCCGGAGGGCCGGUCUGAGCCGCACUCUGAACCUCUUUGAGGCAGAGUGGUACGGCUCGGCGCAGAAACUCCGGACUGAAGCUCCGAGGACGGCGUGGACGGGACGGGACUUCAUGCCCGAUGCUCUCACACACGGGCAGCUGCUCCGGAGUGAGCUGGAGACGGUCCGCGCGGAGACGGACCUGCUCCAACGGGACGUGCUGGUGGCAGUGGAGAGCCUGGUGAGGACGCAGAGGGAGAGGGACUUCCACCGGCUCCAGUACCGACGAGUCGCUGAGGAGAAGAACCGGCUCAUCGAGGACUUCAAACAGCUGAAGGAACACCUGGAGUCCUAUGAGCCGGCGCGGAGGCAGCUGGAGGACAAAUAUCAAGCAGCUCUGAGCCGAAAAACGCUCAUCAGUUUGGAAAAGGACCGAGUUCAAAACACCACCGACGCUAGACUGAAUGAGGAGAAAGCCCUCAUCAAGAGAGAGAGCAGCAUCAAGAGGAGCGACAGCGCAGAUAAAUCCCCAGCCAACAGCACCGUGACCAGACACCCAGAGGACACACAGUUCCCUGUCUGCAGCAGGCUGCUGGACCCUCAGCGGGCUCAGGGGGCAUUUGAAAAAAGGAAAAGCCCCAAUUCCUUCAGCCUGUCCUACUCCUUCAGAGCCCAUAAGCUUCCCAUCAGCUGCAUUGACCUCCAUCCACGAAAACUGAUCCUCGCCACCGCCAGUGAUGACCGCAGCUGGAGGCUGUGGGAGCUGCUACCCAACGGAGAGAAGGUUGGUCAGAUGGUGCUGACGGGUGAGGGUCACUCGGAUUGGCUGUCUGGCUGCAGCUUUCACCCUGAUGGAGCAAAACUGGCAACGACCAGCGGAGACUCUACGGUGCGGCUCUGGGAUUUCUCCCGUGGGUGCUGCGUGUUGUCGCUGCCCGGUCAUGGCCAGCCCACAUGGGGUUGCACCUUCCACUCCUGUGGUCACUUCCUGGCCUCCUGCUCCGCCGACCGAACCGCCAAGCUGUGGGACCUGAACAGCCAGCGCUGCCGGCUCACGCUGCGGCGCCACGCGGCCUCCGUCAACAGCGUCUGCUUCCUGCCCUCCUCCGACCUGCUCCUCACGUGCUCGGCUGACAAAACCCUCGCCACGUGGGACGCCAGACUGGGCGUCUGCACCGCCGACUUCCAUGGACACCAGCACCCCUGCAACCACGCCGCCUUCAGCCCGGCGGGUGACGUCGUGGCCUCCUGCGACACGCGAGGCGUCGUCAACCUGUGGGACAUCAGGAAACCCGCGUUGGCGACGGCAACGGUCGACGGUGGGCCGAUGGCCGCCAACCAGGUGGCGUUCAGCCCGUCGGGGAAGACGCUGGCCGUGGCCAGCACCGACGGUCUGGUCAGGGUGGUGGAGGUGGAUACCGGCGUGGCGAGCAGCUUGUCGGGACACGGCGACGGCGUGCAGAGCGUGACGUUCGACCACGAGGGGGAGACGGUGAUGUCAGCGGGGAGCGACGGGGUGAUUAUCGUUUGGGCGGGAAGAGAAAACCUGAAGUGAAACCAGCUGAUGAUGGUCAGAGUUCACCUGAAGUGUUUGUUUUAUUGUGGGGACCUAAAUGUUUGAUACUAGAACCUAAGUUUCAGAAUUCAUAGCUUUCAUACUUUAAUAAAUAAACGUUUAAAAAAAACUGUACCAUGAAAACCUUGAAUAGAAGCAAAGAUUCCUGAAUGUUAAAGGUUGUCUUCACACAAGCAGCAGUUUAAGAUCUUUGACCUUAUUAUAAUUUAAAUUAGGAACUAUUUUAUCAAAGAAUAAACAAGAUUAUGAAUCCAAUUAUGAAUCUUUUUUACUCGUAAAGUAUUGAGGUUUGAUACCCAGCUCCUGUCGACAUAAGGACUUUUCUAAUGAUCACAGAUUUCUGUUGGAUCUUGACUUCUGAGGAAAUUCACAACAAUUAAAACAUCUGUUUGGCACCAUAUAGUGUUUAUGUCAACCAUGUGGACUCACACAUGGAAUUUAGCAAAAACUUGAAAUUUGUAAUAUUGUCACAACAGAAAGAAGCUUCAGUUGUCAUGUUAUAAAAAGUUGAGAAUCAAUCAAAGGGGCCCUCCACAGAUUUUACACAUGAAGUGCAGUUUUUACCAAACAGGGAGGUUCACACAAAAAGAUGCUGGAGGGAAAUAAAAAGUGCAGAAUCCAGUGCUUAUGGAGCUUGACUCAUUCUGGGGACUCAGGGACAGGAACUCUCUGCUGCUUUCACAAGUAUCCCAGCUUUAUAGAAUCUACACUAAAAGUCACAGGAGAUGCAUGUCCUCUUUGGGAUCCCACUAAUUCUACACACAACUUUCAACACGCUUCAAUGAGGUUUGAUAAAUAUAUAUAUAUUUGUCAGUUUGGAAUGUUUUUAAAAGAUAUCAGGUUUAAGGAAAGCUGUGAAAGAGGAAUGCUCCUUAUAAAAAUGACUUGACACCAUGACGGAAUUAAACCAAGAAAUGUUUUAAUGUGAACCGUUUGAGGACAAACCGUCUCAGACAGACCAGCUGGAGACAUUCCAAGAAUAAAAGCACAGAUCUGUUACAAAACAUACAUGUUUUCAUGUUCAGGUCACCUGUCUGCCUGCAUGCUGAUUUGGCACUUUAAUGGUUCGGACUGUGAAGCAAGACAGAAAACACUGACAGUGUGCCUUCUGAAAGAGAAAAAGUGAUACAAAUACGAAUGAAUCAAUGAACUGUCGUCCUGUUUCCCGUCCAAAUCAUACAGGGUAAGUUCAUUACCUGGUUGAGGUUCAUCCUGAGGUCACUUUUGUUACCAAAUCAAAGUGUUUCUGUUGCGUUCAAUCAUAUGGGAUGGAUGGUAGAGAUGGAAAGAUUCCGUGUUCACAACCUGUUUCUCAGGCUCAUCUGUAUUAAUAAGCUCCACACUGGACAUAUAUAAGCUUUUUCCACUCGUAAUAAUAAAUCCGACAAUUUGCUUUUAAUAUUGCUUUUAAAAUUGAGGUGGUGGUAACUCCCACACAAUGAACGCAGCAUGAUUUGUAUCGUAGGGGCCAUUUAGGACAUCUCAGACUCAGCUCUUCAUUGUUACACUUUCCAUCAGGUUGGACUGAAGUGGACUGAAGGCUCAAAGCUCCAGUUGGUAACUUUUUGCAAAUAUAAUAAAGUUCUAGAACUGUUAUUUAAUAUUUUUUUAUAAAAUCAUCGCUUGUGAAUUUCAAACAAACUAGGCAGCGCGGAUCAAAUAAAAAUAAAUAUAAACAUGUCUUAACCCAUUUUUCAUUGAGCUAAACCGGCUCAUUACAUCAGUGUGACAUGAAGAACUUUGCCUAAAUUAAUAACGGUGUACUAACAGAAGUUCCCUCAUUUAGAUCACAACAUCAUUGUUGAGGUUCAACAUCGGACGUUUAACAUGUGAUGUUUUAGGUUUCAGUCUGGGAAUAUUUUAAAACUUUAGUGGGUAGCAUUUAUCAUUCUAAUAUGGCCACUAAUGUGUAGCUUAGUAGCCAACAUGCUGAGGUUAAGCUUGUAAGAUUGAGCGUUUAGCAUGAAAACAUGCUAAAAUAAACA